CUUACAAAAGACACCGGACAUCAUCAUCAUCAAUCAUCGAUCAUGCACUACCAUGCCCACUGUUCCACGGGUGGGCGCGCAGGUGGGGCUGGGCACGUGACCUUCGCGUUCAUAGCGCGAUGGGCUGCCCCUCGGCGUCACGCCCGGCGCGAUUGCCUACCUAAACCUAAAUACGGACUCAGUGCAGUCAAGUGAAGUGCAUCCCGGGAGGGCAGGCGCACUCUUCCAGGCCCCUUAUGCGACAACCCUUGUCUGCCCGACACUGCAACCGCCACGACACGGAUCCAAGAUCUGCAUCUCGUGCUUCGCGUCCCGUGCCGUCCUACCUACCUACCUACGGCCCCUCCGUCUGCUCGCGAAUGGGCCAGCACGCCCCCCCAUCCGGACCAUGGCGCCGGACGUGAUCGACCUCGUCUCCUCGAGCCCCCCGCCGACCUCAAGGGCAGCAGCGGCAGCAGCACCAUCGCAGGCUCGCAACGACAAGAGUCACCCUCAGCGGCAUGUGGGCUCUCAUAAGCGCCCCUCGACGGAGGCACGGCCGCCCGCGGCAUCGACUGCUGCCGCCACCGCCGCCGCUGCUGUGAGCGUCACAGCCGUGGCCGACCUGACUGGGCUCUCCGACUUCGACUGCAGCGACGACGACAUCGACCUGCUCAUAGCCGCGCGUCCGCCCCCGAAGCGCCAGCGCACAGCGUCCCCCUCGCGUCGCCCUGCUGCACAACACGUCACGGCCGCGAUGCAGGCCCCGUCGUCUCGACCGCCGCUGAUUGUCGGACGCGCCGCUGCCGCACAGCCCGCGCGCAGGGAACUGGAGCCCAUUGAGGUGUCGAGCUCCAUGGAACAGCCGACGCCGCGGCCAAAGCAGCACGGCGGCUCGGGGGCCAUGUCGGUGCUUGCCCUGCCCGUUGUGAGCUCCGAUCCCUUCGCAAGCUCCCCGGAGCCGGCUGCUGUACUGUCUACUCUAGGAGCUGGGCGACAGGUGUCACGCGCGGCGGACCUGUCGCCUGAGGUCGCGCGCUCCAUGUCCUUGGAUCCGUUCGAGAGCUCUCCAACGCGAAACCGACCGUCGCCAAAACAAUCCGCAGGGGCUCCCAGGGACUCAGCGCGGGCUCGGGCAUGUGUCUGGCCGGUCCCUGAAGAGGACAUCGACCCCUUUGAAAGCUCACCCGAGUCUGGCAAUGCUCUAGCUGCCACCCAUGAGUCCCUGAGCCGCGCCGCGACGCAAUCACCCAUCUCGUUGUCCCUCGCCAGGACUACUGCUGGGCCACGUUCCUCACGGUCAGGCGCAUCCCGGCCCAAUCCUCCGCCCCGCGCCUUCACUAGGGUGCUUUCCGAGACAGACGUCAUCAGCAUUGACGACUCGGACUCGAAUGGCUCCGAAGGCAGCGAGUUGGCCGACAUUGCCAGCAUCGACAUCACCAAGCGACCGCUCAAACCCCGGUCCCCUCUUCGGCGCUCCCGCAGCGACAACAUCAUCGGCAAGUCUCGUCUGACCAAUCCAGCGGCCAGGCACGGCGCCAAACCGUCCAUCGACAAGGCCGCUCGGGAAGCCGCCAAGGCUGCCGAAAAGGAGCGCAAGAAGCGGGAGCGGGAGCGCAACAAGGAGGCAAAAGCGCGGGAGAAGGAGCGCGCGGCCGCGCUCGCAGAGGUCAACAAGCUGCGGACGGACAAGAAGGUGUCGACGCCCGAAAUGAUUGUCGACCUGCCAGCAUGCCUGGCCCCCGACCACAGGGUGCAGGUCGAGACGCUCCUCGAGGGGCUCGACGUCGAGUUUGCGACCUGGGACAGUGGUGACCAUCCCGUCAUCAAGUGGCGCCGCAAAGUGAGGAGCCGCUUCGACGAGGAUCUCGGGCGCUGGGAGCCGAUCCCCGCGCAUGUCCGCGACGAGAAGCACGUCCUCACGAUUCUCAACGCCAACGAGUUCGUCAGCCUCGCGACGCGGGACGCGCUUGACGGCCACGUCGGCAACAUCAGGGACAAGUUCCCUCACCACCACAUCCUGUACCUGCUGCAGGGAAUGACGCCCUGGAUGCGCAAGAACCGGAACCUGCGUAACAGGCAGUUCACCUCGGGCGUCCGCGCUGCCGCUGUCCACGCGCAGCAGCAGCAGCAGCAGCAGGGUGCCAUCCUCUCCUCCUCCUCCGCCACCACUACCGCCGCCAGCAGUCGCGGUGGCCGGUCCACGGCGGCCGCCGCCGCGUACGUGUCCGAAGACAUGGUCGAGGACGCACUGCUGCGCCUGCAGGUCGUGCACGACGUCUUCAUCCACCACACCGCCGUGCCGGCCGAGACGGCCCGCUGGGUGGCCGCCUUCACGCAGCACAUAUCCACGAUACCUUACCGCCGGCAGAGGGACCACGCCACGGCGGCGGCGGGCUUCUGCAUGGAGAGCGGGCAGGUGCGCACGGGGAAGGACGCGAGCGACACGUACGUGCGCAUGCUGCAGGAGAUUGUGCGCAUCACAGCACCCAUUGCGUACGGCGUGGCGGCCGAGUUCGACAGCGUGACCAAGCUCGUCCACGGGCUCGAGGCCGGCGGGCCGGACAGGCUGGACAAGGUGCACAAGAGCGCAAACAGGGACGGGCAGCUGUCGGACCGGACCAUUGGACCGGCCGUCAGCAGGAGGAUCUGCAAGGUCUUUACGGGCCGUGACGAGACGAGCACGGAUGUAUAAAUGUAUUAUUGUACGGUGGACAAGGAGCAACGUGGGGGGCACUUUUUAGAUGGCGAUGUCCCCCGUCUGCCUACGGACAUGAUGAAUCACACGAGUACUUAUGGUAAAUAGAGUAGAGUAUAGACGCGACGAAUCGCCUGCAUGAAGGCGUGAAAGCCGAGAUACCUGAUUGUAACGCGAGUUAGCAU